GUGACAUUAGGGCAAGAGUCAAUGUGACAUGGGGGAAGGCUUAGUUUGUUAGAUGAGGGCUCUAGCUCAGAGUGGAGGGAGUUUAUUUUGAAGUUGAGGGCUAGUAAAUGUCACACAGGUAGAUGAAGAUCAGCCACACGAAGUGAGGACAGGUCUACUUACAGCCAGAGGACAUGGAGAUCACAGACAUGAGCCACCUCUUUCUAGUCUUCAACAUUCUGACAGCGACUGUAGUGACAACAAAAACUGUAAAACCAACACCAGUACAAGUAAAAUUAGCCCAGCAGUUCAAUCAGAUGGACAGCAAAACUGUACCAACCUUUUUGGUUUUCCUGAACUCAGAAUAUGAGCCUUGUCUGGGGACCCUGAUCCACAAACAGUGGGUUCUCACUGCAGCCCACUGCUUCUUGCCAUUUCUUGAGAUAAACAUUGCUGCUUCGAAAGAGAGUUUCCAAAACAAGAUUGGAAACUUAAGACCCAUGCUUACUGUUCAACACCCAGAUUUUAGCCGGGAUUCUGCUGAGCAUGACCUCAUGCUUAUCAAGCUGAAUCAUCCCCAAAAGCUCAAUGAUCAAGUGAAGCUGGUGGUUCUGCCCAAUAGCACAGAUGACAGAAGAGGGGAAAAGUGCACGGUCUCUGGCUGGGGCUGGGAAUGGAAGAAUUCCAACACAGAGCCUGAUGUCCAGAUAAACCAGACUGUCUUUUGGUUCCCUAAUGAUGACUGCCAAGAGUCCCCUGUGAGAGAAUUUCCUGUUAAAAUCACAGAGAACAUGUUCUGUGCGGGAUUAUCUCGGGAGAGCACACACACAUGUAAGGAAUUAGCAGCUGCCCCAAUCCUGUGCCAGAAUCAGCUCCAUGGGAUCCUAUCUUGGUCAGCAGGAUGUAUUCUGAGAGGUGAUAUUGGCUACUACACCAGGGUUUCCCACUAUACAGACUGGAUCCACAAAGUCAUCCAUAGCAACUAAGCUCUCUCUCUUCCCUCUCCCAGUGGCCUAAGAACUGGGUCUACCAUCUUGACCCUUCCUUUCCCUCAAGUCUAUAAAAAGAUGG